AUGAAGUCACAAAUGAUGCAUCAAUUUGACCAAUCCAUGGGAAGAAGGCAAAGUCCUUGAAUAUUCGAUCCUCCAUAACCAAAGCUUAAACUUCAAAUUCUAGAGAGAGAGAGAGAGAGAGAGAUGUGCACAUUAGAGAGGAAAGGCAACGUCUUCAUCCUAACGCUAACAGGCCCAGGCGAGCACAGACUCAAUCCCACUCUCAUCGACUCAAUCCGGUCCGCCCUCAACCAAAUCCGAACCGCCGUUACCACCACCGCCACGUCAUCAUCACCCUCAGCCCUAAUCACCACCGCGCAUGGCAAAUUCUUCUCCAACGGCUACGAUCUCUCCUGGGCCAAGUCCUCCGAGUCCCGGUUGGAGCUCAUACGCUCCAAGGUCCGGUCCCUCGUCGCCGACCUCAUCUCCCUCCCCAUGCCCACCGUCGCCGCUGUUUCCGGCCACGCUUCCGCCGCCGGAUUCAUUCUCGCUCGCAGCCACGACUACCUCCUCAUGAGGCGAGACCGCGGCUUCAUCUACAUGAGUGAGCUCGACAUCGAGCUCCUUCUCCCGGCUUGGUUAGUGGCGCUGUUCGAUCGCAAAAUCAGCUCACCGGCGGCUCGGCGCGAUUUGUUGCUGAGAGCCGAUAAGAUGACGGCGGACGUGGCAGUGGCGAAGGGGAUAAUCGACUCGGCGCACGAUAGCGCGGAGGAGACGGUCGAGGCCGCGGUUAGACUUGGAGAGGGGUUGGUAUCGCGGAAAUGGAACGGACACGUGUACGCUCAGAUUCGCAAGGACUUGUUGUCUGAAGUACUGGAUGAUAUCCGCGUGAAUAAUACCGGCAGUAGAGCGCGGCUGUAGGUUUAUGGGUCGGAUAGGAAUGUGGGCUUCUCGGCCCAAUAGUUUCUUUAGGUUGGACUCACUAUAUCUGGGCUGGUAUCUUGGCCCAAUAUGCGCUGUUUGCCACUUCUUUUGUCAUACUAUGUUGACCACCCCCCAGAAAAGAAAAAGUUUCUUGUGAUUGGGGAGUAAUUUCUUUUAGGCUCGAAACAUAUUUUUAAUGUUAUAAAUAAAAAUUAUACAAAAAAAAAAUUUGUAAGUCAAA